UACUCAUACACACACAAGUACAUACACUACUCACUCACUGCUCGACGGCUGUCAGCGCACAGAAGAUGGUGGCGGCUGCAGCCACUGCGUUGCCCACCGCGCCUGGAUAGCGCACACAACAUGUCAUGCAGGUCUCGACGCUGCUGCAGCGAACAGAUAAUGGUCAGAUAACGAGACAAUCUCAUCUCACUGGACAAUGCAGGGAAUGGAGAGGCUGAGCGAUGCAGGAGCCCUAAGCUGUUACAUUUGUCUUGGAUUUAAUUAUUUGGAGGUGCAAAUAUAUUCUCCUGUGUAGCCCAUGCGAUUCAAUUAAAGUGGCUGGGUCAAGGCAGCACUCAGCUUUGACCUGUGGGACACUUGGUGUAGGGUGCGUGGAGCACAGGUGGAGACCUUUUAAUUAGCCCGAGUACCCUCCGGGCUUUCGUCGUCUGCCAUUUAGAGGGGGUCCGAGCUGCCGUAGUCAAAGUUUGGGCUACUUCAGAGUAAAGGAAGGACUGGACGAUCCUACUUUAUGUAGUCUGCUCAAGGCUGCGUUUUCUCAGCUGUCCGGGUGACAGAAUAUUGCCUAUACUGCCAGGAACCGGCAUGGUCAGAAUAUCUGGACAAUUUCCAUGAAUUGGCGGCAUUUGAUCUCACUGUUGAUAUAAGCAAUGCCAAUCCAAGGCUGGAUGUUGUAUAGCCACGGAGGAGCGUGUUUGGACUUGCAAUAAAACAUAUAUUUUUUUUUAAAAUAUUUUCUGCGCACAACGUCUCACGCAUUUGUCUCCUGCAUAACCUCCGUGCACACGAUCUCCUGUGGGUUUGGAGACGCAGCGGUGGACUCCCGAGUAGAAAGUCAGGAAAGGACGGGGCUCCGUCCACGGAAAUAGUCGCGAUUAGGCCCUGCAGCAAGGAGCAUGUGGGUAUAAAUAAAAGCGCUGAGCCGUUUUUGCGCUCACGUUCUCAUUAUAUGGAAUUGAAUUGAGCUGCGCCUUAAACUUAAAAGCUGGAACUGAGUGGGGAAGCUUAGUGGAGAUCGGGAAUGGACAUGCACUAGUAAUGAAAGUAUAUUGACUGCAGCUGGCUCUUGAUGAAAACAACACAUUUUGAGUGGUUUUGAUAUUCCACACUUCACAACUUCUCGAGAACCCUUUUAAACAUUUGUCUUCACUUCUCUCUCAUAAGUUUUCCCCUUAUGAACAUUAUUUUUGUAAUUCUCUGAAUUUCCCCCCAAAUACUUUUCCGAUGAGUGAAACAGUGUGUAGGCAGCUGAGUGGGUUUGGACAGGAACCGAGCAAGCAGCGAGUGAACCUUGCAGUCUCAAGUGCGUCAAAACAGACGAGAACGUAGAGGAAUUCUCAGGGAUUGACGUCAAGAGGGGCAAUAAUCAACUAUUCAGAAUCUUUGGAAGGUCUGCUGGUGUUUCUACAGCCACUACACAGCUAACGAAGUGGAAUUUCCUCUGAAAAGGUUUUUGUUUGUGCUCUCCUUUUUCACUUUUGAGAGAACAAUCAUUGCCCUAGUUGUUAACUGUGGCCCUAUACUUUGCCUUACUUCUUUAUCAAUUUUAUCUUUUAAAAAAACUGUCCCUUCUGCAUUAGUCUUUGUAUUUUCUGAUUUAGAUUAAAAAGCAACAUGGCAUCCCCCCAACAUCAACAACUGCUGCCUCAAAACACAGAAGUGAGCUGUGACUCAAGUGGAGAUGGAGGCGUCUCAGUGAGGAUUGGCAGUAGUGUCAAACACAAGCAUGGAGGCGGGCCGUUGGGUUCAAUCGGGGGAGGCUUCAUUGGGGGAUCCAAGCACUGCAAGUACAGCAUUUCCUCCAGCUGCAGCUCCGGAGAGUCCGGAGCUAGGAGGACGGUGGGCAAGAGCUUUCGCACACAGAAGAAGAUGCCUCAGCUUUUUGAAAGAUCUGCUGGUCAUUUCUGGGACCCAAAGUUUGACUCUUCGAUCCUGGAGGAGGCCUGUAGAGAACGGUGUUUCCCUCAGACCCAGCGGCGCUUCCGCUAUGUGCUCUUUUACCUGGUUGCCUCUGCCCUCCUCUGGGGAUUGUACUUUGCUGUCAAUCCUUCCCGCUGUGACAGGACUGCCUUUCUCCUUCCCACCGCAUCCUUCCUCCUUUUCUGCCUCCUUCUCUUUCUCUUAACUUUUACUAAGCUCUACUCUCGCUGCUACAACCAAGCAUCUCUGCUGCUUAUCCUUGUAACCUUCACCCUAACCCUGGCCCCCCAGAUCCAGACAUCAAGCUUCAGGGACCCGGAGACUCCCACACCUGCGCUGGAGGUAGAAGACUUCAGUGGCAUGGGACCCACGUUUAACCUGUCCCAUGACAAGCUUCUGGGAGGUAGCACCUGGUCCCCUUGUCUUUCUCCUGUAGGCACCUUCUCUCUCUGUAUCGAGGUUCUUCUGUUGCUAUACAGCGUUCUCCAUGUUCGCCUCUAUGCUUCUGUCCUGCUCGGGUUUCUCUACUCUGUCUUUUUUGAGAGUUUGGGCUGGCUGCACCUGAUGCAGGCAGGUGAUAACUGGAGCUUAGCCUCUCAGUCAGAGUGGGAUAUGUUAUGUUGGCUUGGCCCAGCCAAAGCUCUGCUCCACCUCUGUGCCCACGCCAUUGGCAUCCACCUAUUCAUCAUGUCUGAGGUGCGAUCACGCAGCACCUUUCUUAAAGUGGGACAAGCUAUCAUGCAUGGCAAAGAUCUGGAGGUGGAGAAAGCCUUGAAGGAGCGAAUGAUCCACUCUGUCAUGCCCAGAAUCGUGGCUGAUGACCUGAUGAAACAGGGUGACGAGGAGAUGGGUGAUAAUUCUGUUAAACGAUACUCUACCAGCGGUGCAGCAGCUGUCAUCUCCAGCCCUAAAAACAAUAAAUGCAAGAAAACCUCCAUCCCUCGUGGCCAGAUCAUCUUCAGGCCAUUCAACAUGAAACGGAUGGAGCCCGUCAGCAUCCUCUUUGCAGACAUUGUGGGUUUCACAAAAAUGUCUGCUAACAAAUCUGCUCAUGCCCUCGUUGGGCUUCUAAAUGACUUAUUUGGACGUUUUGAUCGACUUUGUGAGCUCACUGGCUGUGAAAAGAUCAGUACUCUAGGAGACUGUUACUACUGUGUGGCUGGUUGUCCUGAACCCAGACCAGACCACGCCUAUUGCUGCGUGGAGAUGGGCCUGGGCAUGAUUCAGGCUAUUGAACAGUUCUGCCAGGAGAAGAGAGAGAUGGUCAACAUGAGGGUGGGUGUCCACACUGGCACUGUACUGUGUGGUAUCCUGGGCAUGAAACGCUUCAAGUUUGAUGUUUGGUCAAACGACGUCAACCUGGCCAACCUGAUGGAGCAGCUGGGAGUCGCUGGGAAGGUCCACCUAUCACAGGCCACUGCCAACUUCCUGGAUGACCGCUACCAGCAUGAAGAUGGACAGGUCAUUGAGAGAAUAGGACAGAGUGUGGUGGCUGACCAGCUCAAAGGCCUGAAGACCUACCUGAUCUCUGGCAGGAAGGUGGAGCCUCACUCUCUCUGUAGCUGCUCUCAGUUGGGGUUGGCAGGGCCUGAGCAUGCAGAUCCCCGGUGCCCCACUCCUAGGGUGCACACACCUGAUGGAGCUCCUUCAGCCUGCACCCUGCCUCCAGACAGUGCUAAGUCUCCUUGUACAUCCUGCAGUGUGGUCCUGAUACCAGGGGAGGAUCAGGUUCUGGAAGAAGGAGCAGUACACAAUGGCUGCCAUGAUGACCACAAGACCAACAGCAGCAAGGACUCUUCAAAUCUGAAGUGUUCACCAGCGAUUUCUGUAGGGCGCAGCCCCAAGACUCUGAACGGCCUGCUCAGUCCGCAGCUGGAAGCCUUGAACAACAGCCAGACGUCACUGUGUGAGAUGCUGCAGGAGAAGGAGAAGAAGACGUGGAGUGGAGGAACCAUGGGCAUGGACCACUCCGCGCUCAUUCCUCUACGCUCCAAGAACUUCAGGGAGAGAAGUGACGCUCACUUUGUGGAUGUUAUUAAAGAGGACAGCCUUAUGAAGGACUAUUUCUACAGACCUCCCAUAAACAAGCUGAGCCUCACCUUCCUGGAAAGGAGCCUGGAGUCUGCUUACCGGAUAAGCUACCAGGAGGAGGUGGAAACCCAAGCAGCGGUGCAGACGUUCGCCAGUCCAACAUUCAGUUCUUUCCUGGACAUGCUGCUGUGCUGUUCAGUGUUCCUGGCUCUCUCACUGGCCUGCUUUCUUCGACCACUUGUCUCCCAGCAGAGUUUGUCCAUGCCAGCACUCAUUCUGACAGCUGUAGCCACCCUGUUGGAGGCUGUGGCUCUGUUGUUUGCUAUACGUAUGGCUUUCUACCUGGACAGUGUGCUGAAUUGCACUCGGCUGCUGAUGAGAGCGAUUUCAGGCUGGAUAGCGCGCCACUUUAUAGGAGCUGUCCUGGUUUCCCUGCCCACUGUGGCCGUCUUCUCCCAUGUCACCUGUGACAUGCAUCUCUCCAUCCAGUUCACCAUGUUCAUCUGCUGUGCUGGCAUCAUAGCUAUCAUUCAGUACUCUAACUUCUGCCAACUCAGCUACUGGAUGCGCUCAGUUCUAGCGACUUUGGUGGGACUAGCACUGCUUGCAUUGCUUUUCGGCUCCCCCUGCAGUGUGGCUAAAAGUCUGGUUUUUUGGUCGGAUGGCCAGGGCAAUAACAGCAACAGCAACAGCUCCAUGGUCAUGUCUGAAAGAGCAGACCCACAGGACCUGCUGGGGCCUGAGGCCUGCGUGGCCUUUUUUCUAGUCCUCCUCCUGAUCUGGUUUCUUAACCGUGAAUUUGAAGUCAGUCACCGCCUGCAUUACCAUGGCAACGUGGAGGCUGAUAAACACCGCAUCAAGAUCCAGAACAUGAGGGACCAGGCCGACUGGCUGCUUCGCAAUAUCAUCCCCAUCCAUGUGGCCGAGCAGCUGAAAGUCACCCAGAGCUACUCCAAGAACCACGACAAUGUGGGUGUAAUAUUUGCCAGUAUUGUUAAUUUCAGUGAGUUUUAUGAGGAAAGCUACGAAGGAGGCAAGGAGUGCUACCGUGUCCUCAACGAGCUAAUUGGAGACUUUGAUGAGCUGUUACGGAAGCCUGCCUUCUCAAAUAUGGAAAAGAUCAAGACCAUCGGUGCCACGUACAUGGCAGCAGCAGGACUCAAUGCGCAGCAGUGUGCAGAUGCGGCACAUCCUCAUGCCCACCUCCGCGCUCUUUUCGAAUUUGCCCUUGAAAUGAUGUGUGUGGUGGACGACUUCAACAAGAACAUGCUGGGCUUUGGCUUCAAGCUUCGCAUUGGAUUCAAUCAUGGGCCUCUAACAGCGGGGGUGAUUGGCACCACUAAACUUCUCUACGAUAUCUGGGGCGACACAGUCAACAUCGCCAGUCGCAUGGAUACUACAGGUGUGGAGUGUCGUGUCCAGGUCAGCGAGGAGAGCUACUGUGUGCUCAGUGCCAUGGAUUAUGAGUUUGAUUAUCGGGGCACAGUUAACGUCAAAGGAAAAGGUCAGAUGAAGACCUUCCUUUACCCGAAGAGCAGUGACAGUGGUCCUGUGCCUCAGUACCAACUGUCAGUCUCACCAGAGAUCCGGGUACAGGUGGAUGGUAGCAUCGGCCGCUCGCCCACUGAUGAAAUUGCCAGCAUGGUGCCCACAACCAGUAUGGCUGCAAGCAGUACCAAUACUACCAUACCCAGUGCCAGCGCUGGUUCCUCUACUACCACAGGGCUUAGCCAUGGGAAAGAGGCGGACAGCCAUGAAAGACAUUCCUCUACAGAGACCUCUCAUGCCAGGCAAUCUACGUCUCACCUAGAAGGACCUCCUUCUUCUGCAAAUAACAAACAGCUCAUCAUCUCAUCCUCGGCCCAGCAAAAUACACUCCAAAAUUCCCAGAAAGACAAAUGUGAUGAUGAUUAUGACAGUAAUGUUGGAGAGUUAACCAGACUUUAAGAAUUUGCUACAGUUGCGUUUUUAUCAUAAAUCCUCUACCCUUUAAGCGCUUGUUCCUGCCGGUUGGCAUUUGUAGAAUUGCUGUAGAUUUGGUCCUACCCCAGGUAGAAUCAGAGAAAAAAACCCGCUGGCCUCUUCUCUGCAUCAGCCAGGCAGCUGGUUGUUUUUAGUUUAAAUCUGAUUGGCCGAUAUUACCAGUGGAGGGUGCUGGCUGAACCACAAAGUGAGGGUCAGGCAAGAGCACGCAGAGGAAAUGGGAAGAUGUGAUGACUCUGAACCUUCUCUUGCCUGCUACAGAUCCCAUUGUCUCUCAUUAACUUACUUGAUUAUCUGUACACCUUUAAUCUUAAUUAUUUCUUUUGUAUGUCUUUUAAGUGCCUUUAGAGUAGAUAUAAUGUAGUAUAAUGUGUAGACUAAGCCUUUUGGAGUAAGGGAAGAAUAACAUAAAGGGAAAAUUGUCAAUAAGCAAUCUUUUUGGAAAAACUGCUUAGCUUUUGUUACAACUUUACAUUGUAUACUAUGCUUUGCUAUGAUAUUUUGCCUUUUAUCAAAGAAAACCUCACCGUGGAAAGUGCUUCAACAUGAGGAGAAUCGCAAUGCGUGUCAAGUGAAGGGAAAUAAGACGGUACACCAUGAGAUGUAUUAGUAAAAUCUGCACUAGAAUGCAACAGAGCCUGUUUCCAUGUUCUUUAUGAGAACCAGAAAACUCUUCAUGAAAGGCACAGCAGAGACUAAUCAAUACAGGCUAAGGGCAGACGGGGCUGAGCUGUGUGCAGUGUGAAUGUAUUUGUUUGCAUACAGUGUGUGAGUGUGUUGUGUAUGUGUAGUAACAAGAUCAUGCAGGGUUUAAUGAGGAGAGGUGCCUAUGAGUUACUCGACUGACUCGGUGAAACUGCAAGAUGAUGACAAACAGUUUAGGAACACAGUGGGAAAAAAUCCCCUCUUGGUUUCUGAUGUGACAGCUUUUUCUCUGGCCUCUGUUUAGAUCUCUGUAUUGUCUCAGUACUGAGGCAUGGUGGUCUCAGCUACAUUUAAUCAGCAUGCUUGUAACAACAGCAUCGUAGACAAGGUUAACUGUUACUAGUGUUUGUGCCCUCCCACAUGAUCCAGGCUCUUAUGAAAGCCCAAGCUGUGUUUAGUGUAGUGUAUGUAUAAUGAGUAUUUCAAUGGAUCCUACAAGGCAUUGCUGUACCUGUAGAUUGUAUUGACGGUAGGUUUUGCUAUGGAUUACACUGUGUGUUAGUUGAUAGUGUUUUUAAGACAUGGAUAAUCAAAGUGGAAUGUCACAAAUCAAAACUAAGUGUGUUUUAUUGUAUUUAUUGUUACACAAAACUUGAACUGUUCAUGUGAAGCUGCCCUCUCUAAUUUGUAUGAUUUGAAAGACAUUACUCAAUGGAAACAGCUGGAUGCAUUAGUUGCUUCAUAGCAUGCUUUCAAUGGCAUGAAACUUAAUGUAAUAUCACUGUAAAUGCAAAGGAAGUGUAACAAAUGUAUUUCGUGAUAUAUGUUGCUUUUACUCUUUCUUUUUGACUUCAUUGAUUUCCUGCUAUUAUGUCAGAUUACUUAGGAAAUCAAACUGAUUAAACUGUGCAUCUCUGUUGCUGUUA